CGAGCUGGACCGUGCCCGCGGGAAGAGCACCAGUCACCUCCAUAGUUACCUGUGUAUCACCUCCUGCCAGUUCCCACUGUCAAGUAGUGAGCGGCCAUUCCUCGCCUUAACACAACCUGCCAAGUGGUAAACUCACUUUAGGUUAACUUACGUGAACUUUAAAUAAAGCCUAUUUUUGGAGUCCAAAACGUGACGUCACACGUUACUGUGUUGUAACUUUGUAAACAGUGGCUUUUUUGUUUCAUUCGUGAUAAGAACUUGAAAGGAAUUACUAGAGUGGACAAAGGGGGCAAGGCACAAAAGUGAUAAAUGAAGGCGCAAGCGAACACGACUUAGAAAUAAGAUAAGCAGGAGACAUCUAACCGUGACGACCGGAGACAAGUUGAUAGGCUGCAAGAAGAGAUUCUGAAGGUAAACUCAAACAUGAAGAAUGAGAAUUGUUGCAUUUACUGACACGGAGAUGACAAGGCGGGACUUGAGAACUAACAAUGGAUCCGUCAAGCAUAUCUAGAGACGCCCUGCCCCCCUGCCCUCCCCAGGCAGGGGGCGCCACCAUGACGGCAGGAGGUAAACAGUCAUCAUGGCAGAGUCAGCUGGGGUGCCCAGGGCAGCGCCUCUCCUCUCUACUACACUCCCCUCGCCUCGCCGACCUCACAAUAACCUUCCCUGGACACCACAAGUCCAUCAAGGCACACCGGCUGGUUUUGGCGAUGAGCUCCCCGGUGUUCGAAGCCAUGUUGUACGGCCCGCUGGCAGAGGGCUUGUACCUGAGGGUUCACGAAGACCCUCCCGAAGCCUUCGAGUGGCUGCUGGAGUACAUGUACCGCGGCCAGACUCACCUGCCGGGGGUGUCCCUCACUGUGCAGGUGUACCAGCUGGCCAGCAAGUACCAGAUUGAGACUCUCAUGGCUCUUUGCUCCGAGCACCUGCGGGAGACCCUGACGGCCACCAACCUGCCGGAGAUGUACGACACGGCGGUCCUACUCGAGGACUCUAAGCUCCUCCACCGCUGUGCUCAGGUGGUCAACCAUUCACCAACAGCUGUCCUGUCCUCCCCGCACUUCGGUCAGUUGAGUCGCGGGGCCCUCACACACCUGCUGCAGCAGCCACUACACAUCUCCACAGAGGUAGUUCUCCUGCGAGCCCUCCUGGCCUGGGGGAGGUCGCAGGGAUCACAGAGGGCGCUGCGGGAAGAGAUAAUGGACUUCCUCCCUUCUGUUCGCUUUCUGACCAUGACUACAGACGAGUUCGUCGAGCACGUCAUGCCUGCCGGAGUGAUUACCCUGGAGGAAGCCAGUGCCAUCCUGAUGAACAUCAAGGAGGUGAAGGAUGUGCCCUUGCCUGACUUUUUCUGCCAGAUACGUGAGAAGAGGCUAUGCUACCAUGAGAGCCUUCUAAGGAAGAUUACCCUCAACACCCUAUUAAAUUUCCCAAGGUCCAAGAAGAGUGCACGAGGCAGCAUCUUCGUCCACAGCUCCCACGAACAAAUUCUGAUAAUGAACAUGAGAACAGCAAGUACCAUCCAGUUAGGGAAAGUGGAGUGCAAAGCCAUCAACCCGAGCUCUGGCAGUGCCACAGUCAGCGUUAAGGACUGCGGAGGUAAUGUUUUGCAGAGUGCCACAUCUGAUGGCCUGCUGGCGACCUUUGAAGAGCCUGUAACUCUGAAGCCUGAUCUCUCACACAGCAUCACCGUGUGCAUGGAAGGUCACUGGCCAAGGGGGGAGAUGGGGGACUUCAUCGUCGAGGCAGAGGAGGUGAAACUCGAUGGGAAGUUGGCAUAUACCGAGGGACGCUUUGGUGCAGUUACUCUAUACUUCUGGUCUUUUAACUAGUAUAUACCAAGACGAAACAUCCUCAAUAUCUCACACAUUUUUAAAUGUAUACAUGCUUAUUAUUAAGUUCUGAAAUGCUGUAGUGUUAAAGCAUGUAUAUAUGCCUCUGUCCCUGGAGUGAAGGGAGGUUGUCGUCAGAGCUCUUCCCUCUGGUAACCAACCAUAGGGACCCACUUACCGUUAUUAACAUGGAUUAUCUUGCACGGUUUGUUAACCUUUGUUGCGUCUAAUGAAGACCUCAACUAAAUUUA